AUGGAAAGACACCAAAAUGGUAUGGAUGUGUGGCAAACCACUUUUCCCAACAGCAUAUCUGUACCAAAUCGAUCUAUUUCCCUAGGGCAAGGGCGAGUCAACCAAUUGGGAGGUUUGUUCAUCAACGGUCGUCCGCUGCCGAACCACAUCCGACUGAAGAUCGUGGAGAUGGCGGCGGCAGGAGUGCGGCCCUGCGUCAUCUCGCGCCAGCUGCGCGUCUCGCACGGCUGCGUCUCCAAGAUACUCAACAGAUACCAGGAGACGGGUUCUAUAAGACCAGGGGUGAUUGGAGGGUCAAAGCCGCGAGUCGCCACGCCUGAAGUCGAAGCCAGAAUCGAAGAGCUCAAGAGACAGAACCCUGGUAUCUUUUCUUGGGAAAUAAGGGAGAAAUUAAUAAAGGAGGGCGUGUCGGACCCACCCAGCAUCUCGUCCAUAUCGCGACUCCUGCGCGGUGGAGCGCGGGACCCGGACGGCAAAAAGGACUACAGCAUCGACGGAAUACUUGGAGGCCGUGGUUCCGACUCAUCAGACAUAGACUCGGAGCCAGGGUUGACGCUGAAGAGGAAGCAGCGUCGAUCCCGCACCACGUUCACUGGAGAACAACUGGAUGCCUUAGAGAGAGCCUUCCAUAGGACGCAGUACCCUGAUGUGUAUACCAGGGAGGAACUGGCUCUGCAGACUGGACUUACCGAAGCGAGGAUACAAGUCUGGUUCUCCAACCGGCGUGCUCGUCUGCGAAAGCAUACUGGAUCGAAUCCAAGUCCAGGAAUCGGAGGUUAUUCAGCGAUACCCAUGCCUCAAAUACCAUGUCCUUAUCCUGCCGGGGAAAUACCAUCGUUAUCUCAACACCACCCACAACACCCUGAUGCUGCUUGGCACCACCAGAAAUAUGCUAACUACAAUCAACUUAUGGCGCAGUCUCAGCAUUUGAACCAAGCAUUCCAAAAUGCCGCGUUUCCUAGCACCUCUGGCUCAACUUUUGGCCACUUAGUACCUGGAAGCAACCCUCCACCCCACAGCCAACUACUGGAUAGUGGUAUACCAAGAAACGAUUACGCUCGAUACCCUAGCAGCGACAUUUAUAACAAACCAAUAAACUAUUUACCAAAAGAGGCUGAAGUAGAAGACAAAGUGAACAGUGAUGAAGUGAUAGAGCCCAGGGAAGACGCUUUCGAAAAACCUCCUGGAGACGAGUACAGCAAAACGUUACCAAAUAAUGAAUAUCCAAAAGUUCCUGCUGAUUACUCCAAAGUAUCUGUGGAUCCUUCUGCCCCCUCUAACUGGAGUCCCUCACACAAUUCUUUGAACAUGAGUCUUGCAGGGCUGUCUAGUGAAUAUAAGUACAUGAACGAUCCAUAUUCUUUCCCAAAUGUGUCCGAUCCUCUGUCACAACACAACUACCCAAAUCCACCUAACGCAGCUAACAAGUACUGGAUUUGACACAGCUACUUUAAAAUUUUAUUUUAGUAAAUAUUAUUUUAACUUUAUUUAAAUUAUAAUUUAUAGUAUAGUUGUAAUUAGUAAAGAACGUUUGCGAGAAAUUACCUCUAUUUUGCAUUCCAAUUAAUGAUACCUAUUGUAAAACCAAACAUUUGUAAAUUGUUACUAAGAGAGUCAUUAGAUA